AUGGAUGCUGAUGCGGACGAGCUCAUCGACCAAACGGACUGGGUGGCAUUUUGGGAGAUGUUGGAAUCGGCGUGGUUUAACCCACUUCAGAUUUUGUUUCCCACAGCCAGCAGCUCGACGUCGGAGUUGCAGAGAGUCGCCAGUCAGGCGCCCGGCCACUUAAUCUGGCUGGUCAAGCGUUUUACAAUCCCCGGGGAGCUUCUUUGGAUCCUUGAUCUAUCCGUCUUCGUCCAGACUACGGCAGAGAGCAGGCGCAGCUUUUUGGAGAGGCGGCUUUGGCAGUACCGAGAGCAACCCUUCAUUCAGUCGACGAUAACUUGGCUCGAUUGCUGUAUAAGCAACACGCAGCACCGCAACGAUUAUUUCUUUCUAGCACCGCUUGUGGACAGUUCCAAUGAUUAA